GGUUGGCUCAAGCUCACGGCGCAUUGUGGGGUGGGCAAGCAGAGGAUUCGCGACCAUGGGUCCGACAACAUUAACAUCAGUGAGCGCUGAGGUUGUUGACAAGGUUGAAAUCAAGACUGCGUUGGUCUCGGUCUUUGAUAAGUCUGGACUGGAAGACCUCGGCAAGUUCCUGGCUGCGAAAGGGGUUCAUAUUCUUUCGACGGGCGGCACUGCCGCAAAGUUGAGGGAUCUGGGUUGCACUGUUCAAGAUGUUGCCGACUACACAGGGUCACCUGAGAUUUUGGAUGGUCGCGUGAAGACGCUACAUCCAAAGGUCCAUGGCGGUCUUCUUGCUGCCCGCGGUAAUGCUGGACACGAGGCGGAAAUGGAGAAGCACAGUAUCCGCAAAAUAGAUUUGGUUGUUGUCAACCUUUAUCCUUUUCAAGAAGCUGUGGCAAAAGGAGGCGACUUUGCUACUUGCAUUGAGAACAUUGACAUUGGUGGACCAGCCAUGAUCAGAGCAUCUGCCAAGAACAAUGCGGCUGUGACCAUCCUGACCAGCCCUUCUCAGUAUUCUAAGUUCAUGACAGAGCUUAGUGACAACAGUGGAUGCACAACCUUUAGCUUCAGAAAGAACAUGGCAGCUGCUGCAUAUACGCUGACGUCGGCCUAUGAUUCAGCUGUGAGUGGAUGGCUUUCAGGGGAGGUUACAGAGCCUCCCACCAAGAAGACCAUCACUUUUGAGCUUGAGAUGCCCUUGAAGUACGGAUGCAAUCCGCAUCAACUGCCUGCUGGGCUUUGUGCCGUAGCCCAGAAGAAGCUGCCUUUUGAAGUUGUGAAUGGAACGCCGGGAUACAUCAACUUGCUGGACGCGAUCAAUGCCUGGCAAUUGGUUCAUGAGCUUGCUAAAGCCACAGGCUUGCCUGCUGCGGCUUCCUUUAAACAUGUCAGUCCAGCUGGUGCAGCAAUUGGAGUCCCGCUGAGUGAUGAGGAGAAGAUUGUGUAUGAAGUCAAAGAUAAGGAAAUGACGGCCACUGCUGCAGCGUACGUUCGAGCCCGAAAUGCUGAUCCCAUGUGCUCCUUCGGUGACUUUGUGGCCAUUUCACACGAAGUUGACGUGGCCACUGCAAUGAUUUUGAAGAUAGAAGUCAGCGAUGGCAUCAUUGCUCCUUCCUUCGUGCCAGAAGCAUUGGAAGUGUUGAAGGCGAAGAAGGGUGGCAAGUUCAUUGUUUUGAAGGCUGAUCCAAACUUUCAGUACUCUGACCUGGAGUAUCGGAUGGUUGGUGGUGUGGGCUUCAUGCAGAAGAGGAAUGAUGCACUCUUCGAUGCCUCCAAGCUGGCAGAGGUUGUUACAACCCAGAAGACUUUGCCAGACAAGGCACAGAAGGACCUUAUUUUGGCUUCCAUCGCCAUUAAGUACACACAAUCCAAUUCGGUUGGCUACAGCAAGGAUGGCAUGAUGAUUGGCGUGGGUGCGGGUCAGCAGAGCCGUGUUGACUGCGUGAAGCUCGCUGGCCGGAAAGUUGCAACAUGGUGGUUGAGGUUCCAUCCGAAGGUCAAGGGCCUGCCUUUCAAAGAAGGUGUCAAGCGACAGGAUCGAGUCAAUGCAAGGGUGCGCUACAUCGAGGGUGAUAUGGAAGACGCUGAGAAGACCGAGUGGCUGAAGAACUUCAAUUCACCGCCAGAACCCUUGACAGCGGAAGACAAAAGCACUUUUUUGAAAGGCCUCGAUGGAGUUGCAAUCUCAUCUGACGCCUUCUUCCCCUUCCGGGACUCGAUAGAUCAUGCUACAAGGUUGGGUGUGAAAUAUGUGGCUCAACCUGGUGGUUCAGUGGCGGAUGCUGAAGUGAUUGAUGCUUGCAACACUUACGGCAUGGCCAUGGCCUUCACCAAGUUGAGACUCUUCCACCACUGAGCAUUGGCAGCGUGCUUCACAAUGCUGAGAUUGCGCCACUGCUAGCUGCUAGUGUACUCCAGGGUCAAAAAGCAACUUUAAGCUUGAUCACGCCACAAAACAAUUUUGAACGCGAUGGUAACGUGCAUGGCACAUGCAGGAAAUGCGUGCAGCGCCCUGCUUUUUGACAACCUGUUUCUUUUCAUUUUGUUUGGGGACUCGAGUCAACGGUGGAGCUGUGGAUUCCAGUUCCACGGAUUUUGAGCAUUAGAUGGCUUGGUGUCACACAACUGAGUUGUCUCAAUUUGUUGCCAUUUUCAUUGACCGAUUGUGUGACACCAAUUCCUAGUUUGCGUUUUGACCCCCUACGCCUUUUGACCUGCCAAGGCGGGAAUUGAGAGACAUGCUGUUAAGCGCAUGGUUCCACAAAAAGUGCGCUUGCAACCUGCACAAGUCUUACAGUACACCAG